UCACAUUUACCUCACAUGGUCAAUGGCGAAGUGUGGUUGUUGGCAUUUCACCACCUAAGGAAACAAAAGAAAGCGAAUUUCUGAUCUUCUGGGGCAUCUUUGUGACAAAAUAACAGAUUAAGGAGUUUUCAAUUAGUAUAAUUGCGUUAAACAGUUGUAUUUUAAGCAGGCGGGCCCCGAUUUAUUCCCGCCAUACGGUAAAUCGCUAAUCUGUUUGAAGUCUGUCACACAACAUGGCAUCAAAUGGUGUAGAUGGGGAAAGCAGUGCGGACCGAAAUGUUGAAAUAUGGAAGAUCAAGAAACUUAUUAAGAGUUUGGAAGCAGCUAGAGGAAAUGGCACAAGUAUGAUAUCUUUAAUCAUUCCACCAAAGGAUCAAAUCUCUAGAAUCGCCAAAAUGUUAGCCGAUGAAUUUGGAACAGCUUCAAAUAUCAAAAGUCGUGUGAACAGACUCUCAGUAUUGGGAGCUAUUACAUCAGUACAACAACGGUUAAAACUUUACAACAAAGUCCCACCCAAUGGUUUGGUGAUAUAUUGUGGUACCAUAGUGACAGAUGAAGGAAAGGAAAAGAAAGUUAACAUAGACUUUGAACCAUUCAGACCCAUUAAUACAUCCCUGUAUUUAUGUGAUAACAAAUUCCACACAGAGGCUUUAACAGCCCUGUUAGCAGAUGACAACAAGUUUGGCUUUAUCGUGAUGGAUGGUAAUGGAGCUCUGUUUGGAACACUAUCAGGAAACACCAGAGAAGUCCUACACAAAUUUACAGUCGAUUUACCCAAGAAACACGGGAGAGGAGGUCAGUCAGCUUUACGUUUUGCCCGUUUACGUAUGGAGAAGCGUCACAACUAUGUGAGAAAAGUGGCUGAAGUUGCUGUACAGCUGUUCAUAUCCAACGACAAACCAAACAUUGCUGGUCUGGUGCUAGCUGGAUCCGCAGAUUUCAAAACAGAACUCAGUCAGUCGGACAUGUUUGAUCCUAGAUUGCAAGGCAAGAUCAUCAAGAUUGUUGAUGUAUCAUAUGGAGGGGAAAAUGGUUUCAACCAGGCAAUAGAACUGUCUUCAGAUUCACUAGCGAACGUCAAAUUCAUACAGGAAAAGAAACUCAUAGGUCGUUAUUUUGACGAGAUCUCACAAGACACGGGGAAAUACUGCUUUGGUGUGGACGACACGCUAAAGGCUUUAGAGAUGGGAGCAGUGGAUAUUCUCAUUGUUUGGGAAAAUUUGGACGUCACACGCUAUGUGCUGAAGAACCAUGCGACAGAUGUGGAGAAUAUUUUGUUCCUUCGACCAGAGCAGGAGAAAGACAAAACGCAUUUCAUUGAUAAGGAUACUGGAGUGGAACUGGAAUUAUCAGAACAGAUGCCUUUAUUAGAAUGGUUUGCAAAUAACUACAAAAACUUCGGUGCCACCUUAGAAAUCAUUACAGACAAGUCACAAGAAGGAGCACAGUUUGUGCGAGGAUUCGGAGGAAUUGGAGGAAUAUUGCGGUAUCAGAUAGACUUUCAAGUAUUAUCAGGACAGGUGUUUGACGAAUUGGAUGACGACUUUGAUCUAGAUGACUAUUGAAUAGGUAUUACCCAUUGCCCGGGAACCAAAUCACAAGACAAACUAGACUUGCACUCCGACAGUGCAUUCUGGGAUAUUAGAGGAAGAUCAGUGAACGCUAUAUUACUGGUCUAUUUGGGAUGUCAUUUGUUGACACUGCCUUUUGCUGAUGUAAAAAAAAAUUAAAUAACGCUUCAUAAUUUCCCAGCCACACAAUUUUACUGUAUUUAUUUCAGGUCAUUCUUGUUAUUACCAAUGGUACACGUUACCUAUUGUAAGAUGUAAUAUCUCAAUAGAACAGUGCUUAAGUUUGUUGUAUGUUUUUUUUUUAAACCCUGGAUAUGUGAAGUUUUUCUCUGUCAGAAUUAUUUAUAUUUUUAAAAUGUUCACCUGUAGAUUUUGUUAUCUGUAUCAAUAUAAUGUCUUUGUAUGCUCAAGUUCUGGAAUUAGUAUAUUUCUGAGGAGUUCACUCUGUUUGAUGAAAGUCAGUGAUAUGGAAAUGUGUAUAUCUUUUCGUAGAAAAAAUAAAUUUGAAAUGACAUUUAAUUUUGAAUAAUGCUUUUGCAGUGAUAUUGAUCAACAUAUUCUGUAAAGAUACAAAAUUUUUGGUUUAAAGUUUUUAAGGAUUUUAUUUUCUUUUUGUACAAUGUCUAGUAGAUGUUAUUUGAAUUGGACCCUGUAAAGUAUAUGUUUGAUUUGGAUCUGAAUUUUUUGAGCAGGUGAUUGCGUGUUGUGGGAUGUGUGUCUGUCAUGUGUGUGCUUUAUUCCAUAUGAUGGACAUGUGAAAUGUGUUGAUGACAGAAAGAGAGAACUAUUUUGAAAUGAAUGAGCCUCUGUGAAUGUUGAUUUUAUCAUGAAAUAAUUACCACUUGGUCGUUCUAGAAUUGUUUGUAUGUAUGUCUUAUUUUGGUGGGAUUGGGGAUUCAGUAAGCAGGAUAUAUAAGUCCAGUGCCCCUGUGUUUGAUGAAAUUUUUAUAGGAAUAAAAAAUAUCAAUAUGCCCUUGAAGAAACAUUAUUUUAAUGUACCGUAAAUUGGAAAACUAUUUUUAUUUUAUAAAUAAAAUGAUUUCUGAACUUCAAUUGAUUUUGGUAAAUAAAUUAUUAAACGUUUUGGGUAUGUUUUUCCUGUAAUUAUUUUUUUUUAAUAAGGAAAAAUUUGGGGGUGGAUAGACCCUGACCCCUAAUGACUUGUGGAUCUUUCUUUGAAGAAAUUUAAAUGAGGAAAGGAAUUUUGGAAUCCCUUCUUGUGGUUUGUAUGGCGUCUUCUUGUUCGCAGAUUGGUUAUCCAAGUACUGUCUGAUUUUGUUUUGUAUACUGAUUGCCAAGUGUAUAUAGAAUUACUAUGUGCGUUAUUUGUAAUUGGGUCACCUGUUGGUUUUUUUUUUAUGGCCCAAUGAAGGUGAUAUAAACACCAAUCCAGUGGUUCAACUCAGAUGUGGUAUAUUGUUAGAAUAACUGUUCAGAGAGCUUGAUUCAUUACCAAGGCCUACAUAGAUAUAUAGUGUGUUUCUUAAUCCAAUCUAUUGAAAAAAAUGGGGUUAAUUGGUGGAAAAAAUGUUUUAUUUUAUUAUUAUUGUUGUUUCAAUGGCCAGUUAGAUAGCAAUUCAUGGAUCAUCUCAAUUAUAUUCAACAUUAAUGUAUGAAUAUUGAUUCUUACUAAUAAAUUAGUGUUUUCUUGAAAUUGAAGAGUCACAAUUUAAACCCUAAAUAAUCAAUUAAAAAAACAUUUAGGAUAGAUUAUUAUUAUUUAAAUUCAGUCUGGGAACUGGAAACACACUAUUGAUUUAUCUUGGCCUAAGUACUUUACUUGUCUGUGCUUUUUACAGAAAUUGCAAUUUUGCUGUUUAGCAUUUGCUGUAUUUAUGUGAAUUCUUUAAUACAAACCUGUUAAUUAUUUCAUUUUGUAACAAAACAAUUAAAAAUUCCAUGUACUUUUUAAUGAAUGAAGAAAAUGUGAAAAUGUACAUCCUAGUGGCAUUAGUUUGAAGAAAACAAAUAUAUUUUGUUCCAUCCAUAGGACUUGUAUGAUAUGUUAAAGGAAACAUUGGUUCAUGAAUGAUUAUACACUACCUCACAUUCUAUCUAAAUUUGACCAGACUUUACGUUUCAAAAAGAAGUGAUGAUCCUUGUGUAUCAAGCAUUGUGGCUGCUGAUGUUAAAAUAAAACAUUUAGGAGAUAAUGCUUUCUGAAAUCUAGAUUGGUGACUGUCAUGUAUCAUUUCAAGAACAGGGACCACUUGGAGCCCUGUUCUUUUCCACACAGAAUAAAAAUGUUUGUCAUAACUAUGAAAGAAA